AAUCCCAGCCCCACCCCAGCACUCCCUCUCUCCUCCUCAUUAUGGACAGAGCUUCCCUUGAGCUGAACAGCGGCAGGACCGGUGGAUAUGAGCACAAUCAGAGCCCAGCUAUGUUUGGGGAUUAUAAGCUACGUUCUGUUUCAAGGUGGCUCCUCCCAAAGCCCACGAGUCCAGAGCCCUGGAUUUCGGCAGGGUAGUAAGCCUUCCACCUUCACAGCUCACUCGGCACCUCAGUCCACCACAGGCAUCCCAGAAUCUUUGAGGAUGUCCACACUGGUUUCCACAGUGAGGGGUGAAUCAUCAAGUCCAAGAACAUCCAUCUCGCAUAGUCUCCAAUCUUCUCCCUUUGGUCCUACGAUGAAGACCCAGACCCAGACCCAGAAGCAAGAAACCACCUCAGGGCGAGGUACAAGUGCCCUGAGUUAUAAAACCAGAGAAAGAGCCCAGAUCCCCACUUCUGCAGUUACAACCUCAGACAUUAUCUCCAAGUCAACUAUAAUGAACCAGAGAACAACUGAAGAACCUGUCUUCCCCACCCCAACAUCCGAGACUGUGCUCACUGUGGCAGCAUUUGGAGUUAUCACCUUCAUAAUCAUUCUGGUGGUUGUAGUGAUUAUCCUGGUCAGCGUGGUCAGCCUGAGGUUCAAGUGUCAGAAAAAUAAAGAAUCAGAAGACCCACAGAAGCCAGACAGCUCUGGAAUGUCUGAAAGCAGCUCCACAGCCAAUAGAGAGAAGGACACCAGCAUCACCCUCAUCUCCAUGAAGAAUAUUAAUUCAAAUAAUAACAAGGGCUACUUCACAGAAGAGAAGGUUUUAUAAAGUUGACCUUGAGUGACAAGGACCCAGGAAGCAGCUAAUCUAUGACUGUGAUGGUGGAUUGUUGGAGUGAUAUGGGAGGGAGGCCAAGGCAUGAUAUAUUCUGUACAAAUUAUUUCAUUUCAAAUCCACACUUGAAGCCCAGAAGACACAAGCCUUGGUUUAGAUUUGAGAGCAUUAUCUCCCAAUUUGAACAUAAACAAUAACCCUAGAAACACAGCCUAUUCCUCCCACUUCCCUGGGAUCACAGAGAAGAGACAUCUAUAGGGCAGGGGCAAAUAGGCCUUGUGUUGGGAGUGGGGGAUAUUUGUAUUUUUCAUUUUUAAUAUAAUUAAAAUUAUUUUUGGUCUGCA